AACAAACCGUUACAGCGCCGAUGCCACGGCUGCCGUUCUAAGCGACGUGCGCUUCAAAUUCAACGGCGCCAUUCACGAGACCACCCCCACAGCCACCCACACGCCCCUGACCCAAUCAGAUGUUUUGGCGCGCUUUGCCAAAUUUGGCUCGAGACAGCGGCGGCUGCUGUUCGGCACUUCUGGGGUGUGUGCGCACGUGGACGCAGGCGGCAAACUCUACGGCGCUGUGGGCUAUCUGUCACUCAUGGUUGAGAACAAGCACAAGGUGAUCACGUGGACGCCAGUGCUGCCAUUCUACGAAGCGCUGACUGAAGUGGACAGUGAUGAGCCCAAACGAGUGACACUGCGCACGCCACAACAGACACAGACCAACACAAAAGACAAAGAGGUGGUGCCUCCGUCCACACACGUCAACGCCAAUCGGCGCCGCCGUGUCAUGUCUACGCCAUCGGUCAAAAGCAUAGCAACGGCACAGACCACUGCAGCCAUAGCAACGGCACAGACCACUGCAGCCACAGCCCAUACGACCAACGCCAACGCACCAGCUACACCCACACACACACAGGCACCACAGCAGGCGACAGACGCAACGGGUGCACCAAUGGCUACGAGGCCUACAGAAGACCCCGCAAUCACCACAGAAAGCCUAGCUGCAAACACAGACACCCGCACACACGCCACAGAUGACACCGCAAAUACAGACGCCGCUGCACAGUCCACGGAAGACACCACAGCACAGCCAAACACACCACAGACAAAGGAAACACAACCAACGGAAACACAACUAAACACACCACAGACAAACACACCACAGACAAACACACCACAGACAAAGGAAACACAGACAAAAGAAACACAGAUAAAGAGUCACGGCAGAAGUGAACGCGCCAAGAGCACCCCACGCGCACUGCCCAAUACCAACACCAACAACAACAACAACAACCUCAGCCAAUCAGAAGGUCUCAUUCCGGUGCGCGCGUUCCGCAUUGAAGUUCGGCACAUUGAGUUUCUGAAGUACCACCGCGACGCACACGGACUGUACCUACAUAAGCCAACGGCAGCAAGCACAGCUGAGCAGAAAUUCACACACACAGACACACACGCACACAAACGGACACCAUCAAACAUACCCGCACACCAACGGACACACGCACCCACCAACACUAUAUCACACAGCACACCACACAGCACACUGGAUACACCAAAUGCCCCACACACACCCCACACGCGCCAGUCCAGCGGACCGGUGGACAGGGCCAUGAGCGCCAACGAAGGGGCCAGCAGUCCCAAACAAGUGGUGGUACAGGGCAAGGCCAGAACACCUGUGGACAAGGCACUGGACAGAGGGUAUCUGCGCAUACAGCCCACGCCCACCUACGACGCAAGCGAUCCUCUGCCGGUGCUUCACUUCCACCAGGGCAACCUCAAUGACUUUCUGGGUGCGCUGAAGCUGCACGCAAGCAAGAAGAAGUCCAAGCCCAGGACAAAUCCAGUCCCAAAACUCAGGAACGGGACAGCCGACAGUGGGUCGGAUGCGUCAGACACAGGGUCACAGUCAUCAACACACACGCCGUCACACACCAUCACACCCGCACGCGACGACAAAGACGUCAAGCAGGAAGUCUUCGCUGCGUUAGGGUGGUUUAAGAACACAGCGGAGAGUGCGUACAAGGCAGUCACCACAGUCAACAGUGAUCAGCAGCGUAAGAAGGAAGUGGCACGCCGCAACAGACAGCGCAUGUUGGCCAGGCACCAGUCCUUCACACAAGUGGACCGGUCCAACGAGGAGGU